AUGCCUCUAAACGUGCUCUUUGCGGUUGCUGGGGCAUUCACGGUUGCGAAUUUGUAUUAUAAUCAUCCUAUUCUUAACAUCCUAGCGGCCGACUUCAACGUUUCGUACGAAGAUGUUGCUCAGAUUCCCACGGUGAUGCAAGCGGGCUAUGCAGCGGGGCUGCUUUUCCUGUGUCCGCUGGGAGACCUGUUCAAGAGACGGGCUUUCGUGCUGCUGCUGGUUCUGUUCACCGCGACUAUGUGGAUCGGUCUCUGCAUCACGAAAUCCCUCGCCGUAUUCACCGCCAUCUCCUUCAUAACCGCCAUCACAACCGUGACACCCCAACUCAUGCUCCCCCUAGUCGGCGACCUCGCACCUCCAAAUAAGCGCGCUGCCGCCCUCUCGAUCGUCGUCUCCGGCCUGAUAAUGGGCAUUUUAAUCGCGCGUCUCCUCUCCGGCAUCCUCACAAACUACACCUCGUGGCGCAACGUCUACUGGCUCUCCCUCGGGCUGCAAUACGCCAUCUUCAUCCUCCUCUGGCUCUUCAUGCCCGACUACCCCUCCACCAACCCGGGCGGGCUGAACUACUUCAAGAUGCUCUGGUCCAUCCUCGUCAUGGUGACCAAGCACCCAGUCCUCGUGCAAGCCUGCCUCAUCUCCUUCUUCACCGCCGCAACCUUCACCAACUUCUGGACGACCCUGACGUUUCUGUUAGCCGGGGAGCCGUAUAACUACAGCUCCCUGGUAAUCGGCCUCUUCGCCCUCAUCGGCAUCGCCUCAAUGCUCCUGUCCCCCGUCUACGCGCGCACCAUCACAGACCGCUUCGUCCCGCUCUUCAGCACCGUCAUCGGCGAGCUCAUGGUGCUGACCGGCGUCGUCGUCGGGACCUACACCGGCACCUUCACCGUCGCGGGCCCCAUCCUCCAGGCCUUCUUGAACGAUCUGGGGAUGCAGUCUGCGCAGAUCGCGAACAGGAGCAGCAUCUAUGCCAUCGAGCCCAAGGCGCGCAACAGAGUCAACACGGCGUUCAUGCUCUUCACGUUCUGUGGCCAGCUGACGGGCACCGCGGCGGGGAAUUCGCUGUAUGCACGCGGCGGCUGGAUUAGGAGUGGGAGUGCGAGCGUGGGGUUUAUCGGGGCGGCGCUGCUGGUGUGUGCGGUUCGGGGGCCGUGGGAGACGGGCUGGGUCGGGUGGUCCGGGGGGUGGUCGAUUCGGAAGAAGGAUCCGAAUUCGUCGGAUGGGAGGACGGCGGAGGGGCCCGAGAGGCAGGAGCAGAAUGGGGCGGAUGUGGAGAAGGGGGUUGCGGAGGAGAUUGGGGAGGAAUUGGCGGCCGAGGAGGGGAAGAACCCGCUUAGGCGGAUCAGAGACGAGGAGACAAAAGAGGUAGAGAAGAGUUCGUCCGGAUCCGAGAUUAGUAAGUCUACGGAGAGCCUGAACACUGCGGGCGACAUAAGACCAGUGAGUGCGCCGAAGCCGUAG